AUGUUUAUGCUUCUUUACACUUCUUCAUUGUCAAAGGUAAUGCAUUUAGAUUGUUUGAUUUUGGGCACAUUUUUGUGGUUCAACCACAAGUCCACAAUUAUUAGUUUAAAUUCCGGUAGUCGAGUGUCAAUAUUGAGAUGUUUAAUUUCAUUUACAGCUGCACUAACGCUUCAAGUAUCUUACACUCUUGUGGGUUUAAGCAUCGUUUAA